AGCCUCUUAACCAGACUGCCUCCAGUUCGAGACGCUUGUAGUGGCCUAGGGAAUUGAAUCGCACAUCGCACGUGUAACCUAAAAACAUGGGCAAGAAGCAAAAAAUCGGAAAAGCUAGACGUGACAAGUUCUAUCAUUUAGCAAAGGAGACAGGCUACAGAGCAAGAUCUGCAUUCAAGUUAAUUCAGUUGAACAGAAAAUUCAACUUUCUGUCAAAAUCAAGAGUUCUUAUUGAUCUUUGUGCUGCUCCAGGAGGAUGGCUUCAAGUAGCUUCAAAUUUUAUGCCAUUAUCAAGCAUCAUUGUUGGGGUUGAUCUUGUUUCAAUAAAGCCAAUCAAAAAUGUCACUACAUUUACAUCAGAUAUUACAACUGAAACCUGUAGGCAGCAAUUGAAAAAAGAAUUGAAAACUUGGAAAGCUGAUUGUGUUUUGAAUGAUGGUGCCCCAAAUGUUGGAACUGCUUGGGUUCAGGAUGCUUUCACUCAAGCCCAGCUAACUCUCUCAGCCUUGAAGUUGGCUUGUGAAUUCCUGAACAAAGGAGGAUGGUUUAUAACAAAGGUCUUCAGAUCAAAGGACUAUGCAAAUUUGUUGGUAACAUUUCGAGCCCUCUUCAAAAGAGUUCAUGCGACAAAGCCUCAGGCCUCAAGAAAUGAAUCAGCUGAAAUCUUUGUCGUGUGCCAGGGCUUUCUAGCUCCUGCAAAGUUAGACCAGAAGCUGCUUGAUAUAAAACAUGUUUUUAAAGAGGCCGAGGAUACUAAAAAGCAAAAAAUCGACAUUUUCAAGCCAGAGAAACACAAACGCCAGAGAGAUGGUUACGAAGAAGGCAAUUACACCCUAUUCACGUCGAACAAAGUCUCUGAAUUUAUGUCUUGCGACAACCCGAUUGAAAUGCUCUCUACAACAAGCCAGCUGAUACUAGACGACGAAAUAAUUGCCAGUCAUUUUUUAACAACCCAAGAAAUAAAACUAUGUUGCGAAGAUAUCAAAGUGCUUGGAAAAAAGGAACUGAAGAAUAUUCUGACCUGGAGAAAGAAGAUUCGCAAAGAGGAAGAGGCGAAAAAGGCUGACGGGAAAGAGUCGGAGGAACCAUCUGAGAGUAAUAAAGAAACCGAAGAGGAAACAGAGGAAGCUUUAGAUAAAAUGAUAAAAGAUCUGAAAGAAGAAGAAAAACAUGAAGCAAAAAGGAAAAAGAAACAUGUCCGCGAAAUGAAGAAGAAAUUAAGUGAAAGACUUGGGAAGAAAGCAGCCGGGGAUAACAAUGAUGCCUUAGAAAUGGAUCUUUUCAGGUUGUCAGCCAUCAAAUCCAAAGAGCAUUUAGGAAAGGUUGAAAGCAAAGGUGAAGAUCAGGAUGACAAUGACGAUGAAGAGGUUUACCACGAAGAUGAUGAAGAUGCGCUGGAAUUUGAAUUAGAUGGAGGUUCUAGCAAUGGCGAAGAGAGUGACGAAGAUAAUGAACUUUAUGAUGAUGACAUGUUCGGGCCUAAGCGUCCAAACAUGGAAGAUGAAUCAAUCAAACUUACACAGGAGCAGAAAAAAGUUGUUGAAGAUUUGAAAAAGAAGCACAAAAAAUCGGAAGCUGAAAACCCACUUCUCGUCAAUGUGAAAGUUAAAGAAGGACCCGACAAAACAUCGCAAUGGUUCAAGAAGGACGUUUUUAAAUCAAUUGAGGAUGAAGAAGAAGAGGCUGAAGACUACGAUAUCGAGCAGAUAAUGAAAGAUCACAAGAAAAAGGGAGAUGUAAUCAUCGGUGAGCAGACAAAUGAGAAGCCUGAAAAUGAUAAGGAUACUGUAAAAAGCAAGAAAAGCACAGAGAGCCUGAAAUCAAACGAGAAAGACGAAAAACAGGGCGAGGAUAUGAAUGUCGAUGACGAAGGAGAAAGUGAUGACGAUGAUGAUGAUGAUGAUGACAGUGAUAGCGGCGAUUCUGAAAUCGAUGACCGAAGCAUCUCCCAAGGGAGACCUAAACCCGAAAAUAAAACACAAGGGAAAGAGGGAUCGUUUGAAGUUGUGUCACAGAAACAUCAAGCCGAGAGGUACCUCACCCCUGAGGCCCUAGCACUUGGAGCUGCCAUGGCAACAUCAAGGAAACGCAAAAGAGAUAUUAUAGAUGACGCCUACAACAGAUACUCGUACGGUGAAGAAGAAAUGCCGUCGUGGUUCGCCGAUGAAGAAAAGAAACACACUUCAAUCCAGCUUCCAAUUUCCAGAGAGGACGUUUUCUAUUACAAAGAAAGACUCAAGGCCAUUAACGCAAGACCGAUGAAGAAAGUGAUGGAGGCCCAAGCAAGGAAAAAGAGAAAGACGAUGAAGAAGAUGGAAAAGGUUCGCAAGAAAGCAGAUACAAUUCUGGAUACACAGGAUGUAUCUGAAAAAGAAAAAAUGUAUCAGAUCAAAUCGAUAUACAAGAAUGCCGGACUGCUGAAUAAAAAGAAAGUUGAAAAGAAAUACGUGGUUGCAAAGAAAGGACUUGCUGGCAAGAGAUACCCAAGGCCGUCUGGGGUGAAAGGACUCUAUAAGGUUGUGGAUCCAAGAAUGAAGAAAGAUCUUAGAGCAAUGAAAAAUAAAGACAAAACAAAAAACAGGGGAAAGAAGGGUAAAGGAAAAAGAGGUCGAUGAACAAUAUUCUUAAUCAUUUGCGGGUUAAGCAGCUAUUACCUGAAUUAUCACGUUUAUAUACGAGCUCUACGUAUUUGCAUUGCGCACCAAAUCAUACAUUGUUACAAAGUCCUUCCCUGUUGAAGAAGCCAAAUUCUUUCUAGCUUGUUUUUUCAACGUUUCUUUCAAAUAUAUGUUUUCAUUCGGCUCCUUGUCUGUCUUGAUUUUUAAAGAGGGGUGUUUCGAAAAUAGCCCAGCUAGACUCCACGUGUCCAAAAUGCAUAUUAGUUUCGCCUCUUGCCCAGUUGUUCGGAGAUUCUUGUACAUCUUUAUCGGUGCCAUAGAAACAGCUGCGUCACGAUGCCAAAUGUACUCUGCAUGGGUUUCGCUUCUGGUUUUGUUUAAACGGCCACCAGCUGUUGCUAUUUAGUUAUGUUUUAGGUUAGGCCAUUAGGGAAAAUAAGAAUCCCCAAGAUAUGUUACGGAGGUAUGCCACGAGACAGCUCAGUUGGGUGUGACUGUGCGUGUAAAUUAUCUAGUAUCUUCUUUAUUUUGAACGGAUUGGUUGGCUUAAGUAUCCAAUUUCAAAGUAAGACGAUUUAUAGUCUACUCAUCGACAUUAAGACAAAAUCCCCAUUCGCUUUAGCACUCUCUAGGGGAAACGUUUCUAGGUGGUAUUGGAAGUUUCUGUUGGUAUGCGCAAUUCAUGUUUAGCAGAAAUUGUACUAAGUGAUAAAAAACAGCAUUACUUCCAGAUGUGAUUUGUAACCACGUGAGCUUAUCAGCGAAUGUAUCAGAAAGUUGUUUAAAAUUAUGAGUUCGAAAAAGAAUCAUUUUGAAAUUAUAGCUCUUACUAAGAGCUGUAUCUAAACUAAUAAAUUUUAUCAACCCAUAUUUUCAAUAUUUGUUCAA